AUAACGUACAAUUUAUUUACUGAUUUUUAAAAUUUCGUAUUCAUCCGAAGAUCACGUUCUCCUUCAUCCUCUCUAGUUCGGUUGCCUGGGAUUUACCCAGAUUUACCAUACAGUGCUCCUUUAUUCCACUAGCUGGCCGGAUCCCUAGCUUUCGUUAUAUAAAAUAAAAUAAGCUAGUGUCUCAUCAGGCAAAACGUGUAGGCCUUCCGAGCCAUUCUUCUUUUUUAAAAAAAGCUACUGUAGCCUACUGUCGUAUUUUAAUGUUGCUAGCCAAUGAAGCAAGUAGCAGCUGUGACUGACAUUGAGGAAAGCAAAGCACACAGACUAAAAUGUUAGACUGACACACCUACUGUCUGGAACUUCUUGAUUCAUUUUGAAGUCUGGAGGCGACUUCAACGGAGAAAUGGUUGUGGCCCUAUAGAAAACAAUUCUGAAAUUUAGGGUUAUUGCGUAACUGUGAUUGGGCCUGUGCACCCAAAAACAAAAGGCAGGAAAAGAACAAAACUUUUUCCAUAGACUUCUAAGAAGGCCUGAGUGUAACAGGCCAAAAAAACAUGACGGAAAAUGACAGGUGCACAACUGUGGAGAAAUACGUCGGUGAGAUUAAAGGAGGACUGAGGCCAACCAUGAAAAUCACUAUCAUGGGGGUAAUAUGCCCUGCCCCCAAGAGUUUUUCAGUGACUUUGCUCUGUGACCCCAUGGAUGCCAAUCUGGACAUUGGGCUGUUGCUUGCGGUCAGCUUUCUUGAGAAAUCCAUUGUCCGGAAUUCACGGAUUGCUGGGAAAUGGGGUAAAGAGGAAAAGACCAUUCCCUACUUCCCAUUUACAGCAGGGGAGUCAUUUAAGAUGGAGCUCUUGUGUGAGCAUCAGCAGAUUCGGGUCUUGCUUGAUGGACGUCAGCUCUGCAGUUUCACUCACCGCGUGCAGCCUAUGCAAAGGGUGACAGCUUUACAAAUCUCCGGAGACAUCAAGCUCACCAAAGUGGCUUGAAGAAAAGAAUAUAUAAUCCCCUAUCUCCCCUUGGUUGGUGAAGAAAUGUUCUCCCUAUGCCGUUGGAUGUUGUUCCUUACUUUUGCUCUUAUGUGUGCUUUUUGAGAUUUUAAAUGAAGGCUGAGCUCUAUAAAUAGCCCUAUUACACCUUGA